CGAUCAGAAGACUCUAACAGGACUCAAGCAGAACAACUGGCAGAAGAAAAACUACAGAUACUAAACUAACAGAAGACUUUUAAACUUUUUUCUUUGGCUCAUCUAUAACAUUCUUCUUUUUUUUUUAAACAACUGGGCUUUGAUUCAACGUUUCACUUCUUUGGAACUUGUGCUUUUAAAACACAUUUGCUUUUUUUCUUACCUCGUCAGACUUUUUUAAUCUUCAACAAUGUUUCCUGAGGCAAACAAUGGCUACAGCUACGAGGACUGCAAAGCCACUUCUGAUUGGCUGCUGGCCCAAACAGACGUCCGGCCCUUAGUUGGCAUUGUGUGCGGCUCAGGGCUCGGAGGGCUUGCUGACAUGUUAAAGGACCAGGUAGCCUUCAACUACAAGGACAUCCCCAACUUCCCCCAGAGCACUGUGCAUGGACACGCGGGACGGCUGGUGUUUGGCACAUUAAAGGGGAGGCCAUGUGUGUGUAUGCAGGGGCGCUUCCACCUGUAUGAGGGCUACCCAAUCCAGAAGAUUACACUGCCUAUGCGUAUCUUCAAGCUGCUCGGUGUGGAGACAGUGAUGCUGACCAAUGCAGCUGGAGGCCUUAAUCAGGACUUUAAAGUGGGUGACAUCAUGAUCAUCAAAGAUCACCUCAACAUGCCCGGCUUUGCUGGCAACAAUCCCCUGUCUGGUCCCAAUGAUGAGAGAUUCGGUGUGCGUUUCCCCUGCAUGUCCGACGCAUACGACAGAGAUCUCCAGCAGAUGGCCAUGGAUGUGGGACAGGAGCUUGGCUUUGGAGACUUCCUGAAGGAGGGCGUCUACUGCGUGCUGGGUGGACCCUCAUUCGAAACAAUCGCUGAGUGCCGUAUGCUGCACAAACUGGGCGCUGAUGCUGUUGGCAUGAGCACAGUCCACGAAGUCAUCAUCGCACGUCACUGCGGCAUGCGCGUCUUCGCCCUUUCACUGAUCACCAACCAGGCUGUAGUGGACUACGACAGCGAAGAGAAGGCCAACCACGAGGAGGUCCUCCAGACGGGCAAGCAGAGAGCGGAGCAGCUGGAGCGGCUGGUUUCCACCAUGGUGACCAAGAUUGAGCACAACAACAACUACGCCUAAAGAGACACUAUGCUCCAUCAGAGGCAUUCAUGCUAGUCAGAUGCUAGAGUUUAGCCUUGUAGUGUGACAUUAUGGUUCACAUUUGAUGCUAUUCUGCCAAUGAAAAUCCCCUCUUAGUUUAUUAUUAAGGUGAGCAGUUGGGCUGUUUUUAGUCUUAGGUCAAAGUCUCACUAAAUUAGGAUUGAGCUGAAACGCAGAAUGGACACAACCUUUGUUUUAAUGUCACUGUGCCUUACAUUCCUCUACUGAGUGGCUCGAAAAGAAAAAGUCUCUUCUCAGUUUUUUUUUUGUAUCAUUUUAAAUGAGGCGUUUUUGUUCUAACUUAAUAUUUGAUCAGCUUGUACAAAUGUCUGCAAUUUAACUUAACAAUGAGCAAAAACCUGCUGUAAAGAUCUUAAUAUUAUGAUGUUGUUGAAAUGUGUACAUUAGUGGACUUAAGGUAUUUUACUGUGCUUUUUUUAAUGUGAAUGUUGUUACUAAAGGUACUAUUUAUUACUAUAAUAA